ACAACUUGAUUACGUUGGCUCUUUAGUAUUUUUUUUUCAAAAUGGAGAGUGUCGUUGCAAACUUUUCUUUAAGACUUUACAACGUUUUGUCGGAAGGGAAUGACAAUUUGAUUUUGUCUCCAUACAGUGUGACGAUUGCCUUAAUGUUAACUAUGCUGGGCACCAAAGGUGAGUCUGAGGCUCAAAUUAAACAAGUUUUGGGUCUCUCCGGAAUUCCUGAUCCACACAAGGCGUACAAGGACCUACAUUUUACCCUCACGGGUAAAUAUAAAGAAGGGACUGAGCUAGCCAUUGCAAACCGAAUUUAUUCCAAACUUGGACUGCAUAUCAGAGAGUCUUACAAACAAAAAUCUAUCGAGGUUUAUAAUAGCGAGUUGGAACUGUUAGAUUUUGUUGGAAAUCCCGAGGGAUCAAGAUCAAUAAUUAACACGUGGGUUGAAGAACAGACUAAUAAUAAAAUCAAGGAUCUGAUUCCACCAGGUGUUAUUAAUAAUCUGACCGUGGCUGUACUGGCAAAUGCUAUUUACUUUAAAGGCGAUUGGGAAAAUCCCUUUAAGUCAUCGGAAACAGAACGUGAAAAAUUUUACAUUUCUGAGAUCGAAACGGAAAUGAUUGAUAUGAUGCACAUGGGAGAGAAGAAAUGGCUAAUAAGUGUUUCUGAGUCCCUCGACUGCAAAGUGUUGAAUCUUCCUUACAAAGGAGAGGAACUGAGUAUGCUUAUAUUUCUUCCAAAUAAAAUAGAUGGGUUGUCUGAGGUAGAAUCCAACCUUUCUCCUGAAAUUCUUUAUGAAAUCACACAAAAAUUGUAUUACAAAGGUGUUAUUGUCACUAUUCCAAAAUUUAAACUGGAGAGUUCGUUUGAGAUUGUCAAUGUUCUUGCCGGAAUGGGUAUUACCGACAUUUUCUCCAAAUAUAAAUCCGACUUCAGCGCCAUGAUGGAUAAUCCGCCAGAGGAAACGUAUGUUUCUGGUGCAAUUCACAAAGCAUUUGUUGAAGUUAACGAAGAAGGCACGGAAGCCGCAGCGGUAAUGGCUCUUACGGUUUCAGCAACCUGCUAUGUAGUUCCGGAUCCGCCAGUGAUAUUUAAGGCUGAUCACCCCUUUUUGUUCCUUAUCAGAGAAAAUUCUACCGGAACUGUGUUGUUCAUUGGUCGUUUUACAAAACCAACUUGA